GCUCAUGCUUAUAGAUCCGUGGCCACUCUGGCCCAAGCCGCUUCCAGCUGGGCCAGGGCGUUUCCCCUGCAGGGCCACCGCGUCUCGCCGGGCGCCAGCGGCGUGCUGCCGGGCAGAGCUUGGGGACAGAGGCAGUAUGGUGAUACCGAUCCCGGCUGGGCUGGUGCCGCCUCUCGCGGGCCCGCCUCCUGACGAGCUCCGGGAUAAAUUUCAGGUGAUCAAGAUGUGCACGCUGGCGCUGUUCUUCUGCGCCAUCAGCAGGCUAGUCUCAGCGUUCUUGUUCAGCACCCUCUCCGAGGGUCAUGGACAUGGAGGCGGCGCCACCCUCGCAGCCUCUCCUUCGUUCUCCCUCUUCCUCAACGUGCUCAUCGGUGCUUUCCUCCAAAGCGACGAUCCCACCUUUAAGCCCAUCUACGAAUUCUUUACCAACACGUGCCUGAAGCCGUGCCACGAGCAGGGGAUGUGCCAGGGAGGCCUGACCUGUCUGAUGUCGUUCACGAUCUUCAACGCGGUCUCGGUCGUCUUCGACCUCCUGCUGCCGCCCUCGAUCACGCAGCUGGUGCCGCUCUACCUGGCCGUGGCGACGAACAGCAGCGGCAUGGCCGCGCUGGGGAGCGGCCUCGCCGUGUUCAGCAUGGUGGGCGCUCUGCUGGCCGAGGCCGUGGCCGCCGUCUAUGGCUACCUGUGCAUCCAGGCGACGCGCGCGGGCGGCGUCACGGCGCAGGGCGGCGAUUGGGGCCAGGAGAUGACCCGGCCCGGCGGCGGCGCCCCCGGCUGGGGCGGCGGCCCCCUCGGCGGCGGCGGCGGGGGCUUCCUCGGCAGCGCCCAGGGCCGGUACAGCGGCGUGGCCGGCGGCUACGGGAACGACGAGGAGAGCCCGGCGCCGGAGCGAACGCGAGUGGGAGGUACAGGCCAGAACUUCCAGGUGUUCCAGGGCUCUGGUCAACGCCUUGGCGACAAUUAGCGAGGGGCUUCGUCGAUGUGUGUCGAUCGUGGAUUGGCGGCGACCUGAGUCGCUCGUCUAGCUGGUAACUUUUUGCAUAGCAGCGAACUGUCGAUGCCUUUGAAAUUCGUGAUGAGUGCAGGGAAGGACUCGGGUGUAGAUGUGUAGGAGAA